AUGGCUGACCAGGCAAGCGAAGGACAUGGAGACCUUCAGCCCCUCCCCCAGUCUCGUUUUGAGUUUUCAUCUGCCAGCACACUGGCAGAAUUUUCGAAAGGGCUGAUUCCACAGAACACCUCCAAGAACACCAAGUGGGCAAUGACCAGUUUUGAGGCCUGGAAAUCUACCAGGAAUGCCAUUCACCCUGAAGACCAAGUUCCUGAAGACUUCCUGCAGUGCACUGAUCCAGACACCAUCAACAACCAACUUUCUAAAUUCAUUGUCGAAACAAGGAAGACAAACGGAGCUCAAUAUCCACUGGCAACUCUUCACUCCCUCCUUUGUGGCGUCUUGAGGUGUAUGCGUGAAUCAAACCCUGUCGGAUGCCCAAAUUUCCUCGACAAAAAAUACACCCGGUUCAGACCACUUCAACGUACACUUGACAACUACUUCAACAAGUUGCAUUCUGAUGGUGUUGGAAGAAAGGUGAAGCAAGCUGAGACCAUCUCAUUGGAGGAAGAAGACAAAAUCUGGGGUAGUGGUUUCAUGGACUUGAAUACACCAAAAGGUCUCCAAAAUGCUGCUUUCUAUAGUGUUGGAAAAUUUGUCUGUUUGCACGGAGGUCAAGAACACAGGCGUCUUAAACUCAGCCAAAUACAACGUGGCGACGGCAAGUACAUAUACCACGAAAACGUGUCGAAGAAUCAAAAUGGAAGCUUUAUAUAUUUUUUAGCUAUUUAUAUUGUUCGUCCACCCAAUUGGGCUACUCUCCUAACAAUGAGGCUACAAAGAAGAAGAAAAAGUAGCUAG